GCGAUGGCGGCGGCGGGGCUGGCGGGGCUGGGUCCCGGCGAGGCCGCGGCGGCCGCUCAGGCGCUGUCGCUGCCCGCGGAGAGCUUCGGUAACGACCCCCGUGUGGAGCUGGCCUGGGCCAUGAAGGCGCAUCAGCACGCCCAGGUCUACUUCAACCUGAUCUCCUCCGUGGAGCCCAAGUUCCUGAAGCUCACCCAGGUGGACGAGAGGAUCUAUGAGGAAUUCCGCAGAACCUUCCGGAACCUGCGCGUGGACGUGCUGGACCCCGAGGAGCUGAAAUCGGAGGCGGCCAAGGAGAAGUGGCGCCCGUUCUGCCUCAGCUUCGAGGGCGUGGUGGAGGAUUUCAACUUCGGGACUCUGCUGCGCCUGGACUCGCGCGGGGAAUACUCGGAGGAAAAUUCCAUCCUGGCCACCAGGAUCCAGUUCCUGGCCAUUGAGAUCGCCCGGAACAGGGAGGGCUGCAAUGAACACGUGCACAGCAGGGGCAGGGGGGCAGAGACAGGGGAGAGGAACCACGGGGUGGAAUCCUGAAAGAAAUCCUGAAAAACUGCAAGGAAUCCUGAAAGGACUUUCAUAAAUCCUGAGAAACUGUAAUGAAUCCUGAAAAACUGCAAUAAAUCCCGAAAGGACUUUUAUAAAUCCUGAAAGAGUUCAAUAAAUCUUGAAAGGACUUCAGUAAAUCCUGAAAGAAUUCAGUAAAUCCUGAAAGAAUUCAAUAAAUCCUGAAAAACUUCUAUAAAUCCUGAAAGGACUUCAGUAAAUCCUGAAAGAAUUCAAUAAAUCCUGAAAAACGGCAAUAAAUCCUGAAAUAACUUCAAUAAAUCCUGAAAGAAUUCAGUAAAUCCUGAAAGAGUUCAAUAAAUCCUGAAAGAAUUCAGUAAAUCCUGAAAGAAUUCAAUAAAUCCUGAAAGGACUUCAGUAAAUCCUGAAAGAAUUCAAUAAAUCCUGAAAGAAUUCAAUAAAUCCUGAAAGGACUUCAGUAAAUCCUGAAAUGACUUCAAUAAAUCCUGAAAAACUUCUAUAAAUCCUGAAAGAAUUCAGUAAAUCCUGAAAUUACUUCAAUAAAUCCUGAAAGAAUUCAGUAAAUCCUGAAAGAAUUCAAUAAAUCCUGAAAGGACUUCAGUAAAUCCUGAAAUGACUUCAAUAAAUCCAGAAAGAAUUCAGUAAAUCCUGAAAUUACUUUAACAAAUCCUGAAAGAAUUCAGUAAAUCCUGAAAGGAUUUUAAUGAAUCCUGAAAGGACUUUACUGAAUCCUAAAAGAGCUUUAAUAAAUCCUAAAAGGACUCCAAUCCUAAAAGAACUUACUUAAAUAAAUCCUGAAAGGACUUUUGUAAAUCUUGAAAGAAUUCAAUAAAUCCUGAAAGAACUUUAAUGAAUCCUAGAAGGACUUUAAUAAAUCCUAAAAUGACUUUAAUAAAUCCUAAAAUUACUUCAAUAAGUCCUAAAGGAACUUAAAUAAAUCCUGAAAGGAUUUCUAUAAAUCCUAAAAGGAUUUCAAUGAAUCCUAAAAGAACUUCAAUAAAUCCUGAAAUGACUUUAAUAAAUCCUAAAAUGAUUUUAAUAAAUCCUAAAAGAUUUCUAUAAAUCGUAAAAAACUUAAAUAAAUCCUAAAAGAACUUCAAUAUAUGCUAAAAUGAUUUUUAGAAAUCCUAAAAUUACUUUUAUAAAUCCUAAAAGAACUUUUAUAAAUCCUAAGAUUAUUUUAAUGAAUCCUAAAAUGACUUUAAUGAAUCCUAAAAUGACUUUGAUAAAUCCUAAAAGGACUUUAAUAAAUCCUAAAAGAAUUUGAAUAAAUGAUAAAGUAACUUUAAUAAAUCCUGAAAGAAUUCAGUUAUCCUGAAAGGACUUCAAUAAAUCCUAAAAUGAUUUCAAGAAAUCCUAAAAUGAUUUCAAGAAAUCCCAAAAGGACUUUAACAGAUCCUGAAAGAACUUGAAUGAAUCCUAAAAGAACUUCAAUAAAUCCUAAAAUGACUUUUAUAAAUCCAGAAAUGAUUUUUAUAAAUCCUAAAAGGACUUUAAUAAAUCCUAAAAGGACUUUAAUAAAUCCUAAAAUUAUUUUAAUAAAUCCUAAAAGUUCCCCAAGCUGUAGAUUUUUUUUUCCUUUUUUUUUUUUAAACCUAUUUAAAUCUAAACACCCCAAAACCCCCCAAAACCUCAACCACAUUUCCAGUAUUUUUUUUAAUAAAAAAUGAAAUAAACCAAACUGCAACCCACAAGAAGA